CGAGGAUCACAGAAAAUAAAAACACUGAAGGCAAAAUAAAUAAAAAUAUAUUUAUAACAUCCACCUAAAAUAAAAGCAGUUGCAGUUCACCUUCCGACCAGCAGCGGCAGCACUGAGCGUAAAGCCGAGCAGAUGCUGAGUGAAGAAGACGGGCGCCAUGUUUGAUUUUACGUUGAAUCCACCUGCACUUCACCGGUGUUGCAGUCGUGUUUUGGAUCUUCAUGCGGCUCCUGAAAUCGACGUGAUUUCUCCUGACAGGCUGUUGAGAAGUUCCCCUUUUCCCAAAGGCCCUGCGGAGACGUGUCCACCCUCAGACGGAGUAGAGCAUGAGGAGAUGAAUGGAGUGAAAGUGGAAGCAGAAGAAAGAGGAGAGGACUGUCAGCAGCUUCCUGCUCAAGGAGACACUGAGACACCAGAAGAACCUGCGCCCAAACAGAGCAGCCGUCAGCCUCGACGCCGUCACAGCUGUUCAAUAUGCGGCAGGGAGUUCUCUCGUCCGUCUCGGUUGGCGGACCACAUGGCCGCGCACGCUGGCGACAAACCGCACAGCUGCUCCAUUUGUGGGAAGCGCUUCACCAAGAAGAUCAACGUGGUGGUGCACCAGCGGGUUCACACCGGUGAGAAGCCGUACACCUGCCCGGACUGCGGGGUCAGCUACGCCCAGCUGGGCUGCCUGCGGAGGCACCGGCUCGGACACGCCGCAGAGAAACCCCACCACUGCACGGUGUGCGGCCGCGGCUUCAUUCAGCGGCGGCAUCUCGUACAACAUGAACGGACGCACACUGGAGAGAGGCCGUUCUGCUGCCCGCUGUGCCCCAAACGCUUCGCCUCCAGGACGGGCCUCAGCGAUCAUCAGAGGAGCCACACACAGGGGAGCCUCUACUCCUGCUCAGUCUGCCAGAAGGUUUUCUCCACGCCGUCAUCCUUCAGGGACCACGUGAGGCUCCACACCGGGCAGAAGCCUCAUCCCUGCUCACUGUGCUCCAAGAGCUUCAACCGGCCGGGCCUGCUGAAGAAACACCUGCUGAAACAUGCGGAGGAGGAGGAUGAUGUGGUCAGAGUUGUAGGAGCAGAUGGAGAGGAGGCAACUUUUUACCGCUGCUUACUGUGCCACAAAGAUUUCUCCACCCCCGAGAAGCUGCAGUACCACAAGGUGCUCCACCAGAGGGCGCGGCAGUUUGUGUGUGACAUCUGCGGCCGAAGCUUUUCCAGAGGGUCCCGGCUGAGGGAGCACGUCCGCUCUCACACUGGAGAGAGGCCGUACCAGUGCGACAUCUGCAAGAAACGCUUCUCCAUGCAGAGAGUGUUCAGGAAGCACCAGGAGAUCCACACCAGGGCCACCAUGCCUGAGAGCAGCUCCACACUGUUGGAGGCGGAUGACAAGAAUACUGACGGUGGCGAGGCGGUGGUGCAUUCAGUGCCAGUUCCUGUAAAGAAGCCCCACAGCUGCUCGGUCUGUGGGAAGAGCUACUCGAGGCCCUCCAGACUCAGAGAGCAUUUAAAGAUCCACGCGACGGAGAAGCUGCACCACUGCUCGAUGUGCACCAAGACCUUCACCACCACGACCAACCUGAGGGCUCACGAGAAGACCCACAUGGCCCACAAACCUCACUGCUGCAGCAUCUGCCCCAAGAGCUUCCUGAGGCCCUGCCUGCUCCGCAAACACAUGAGGAUCCACAUCAAGGACGGACUCAUCGCCACCCCCGCUGACAAGGAGUUCUGGCUCAACAUGAAGACUGAAGAAGAGGAGGAGGAAGAGGGAGAGGAGGGGAGAGAUGAUGGAGGGAUAAAGGAGGAGGACUCGAAGGAACUUUCUCCCACUGCUGAGACCCUCAUCACUGAGUCCAGACCUCCACCUGUGAACCACGGUGACGAGGAGAUCUCACCAUUAAAGAGGGACAUUAAAGAAGAAGGCGUGGAGGGAGACGUCAGUGGUUUAAUCAACUCUGAUGGAGAGGAAGAGGACUGGAAACCGGCGCUGAUCGAACAAGAUGGCCGUUCAGAGAUUGAGGCUGACAGCAGUGGCGGGAAAAAGAAGCACUGCUGUCCUGUUUGUGGUCGAGAUUGUUUCAAGGCAUCGGCGCUACAGAAACACCUGAGGAUCCACUCAGGCGAGCGUCCGUUUCAGUGCCCCACCUGCAGAAAGAGCUUCACCCAGCACGUGCACAUGACGGAGCACCAGAGGAUCCACACCGGGGAGAAACCCUACACCUGCACCGACUGCAACAAGAGCUUCACCUUCUCCAGCGCCCUGCGCCGACACCAGCGCCUGCACACAGACGCCCGGCCGUACCAGUGCUCCGUGUGCCAGAAGACCUUCAAACAGCAGAGCUCGCUGAAAAGCCACCAGAUGACGCACUCAGGGGUCCGCUACCAGUGUCCGCUCUGCAGCAAGAGCUUCAGCCGUGCCCUGGAGCUCACCUACCACGUGGACGUGCACUCCGACACUCGGCCGUACUUCUGCAACAUCUGCAAGAAGAACCUGAGCGGAGCCAGGAUCUUCCGCAACCACAUGAAGAAACACGAGUCACCAAACCUGCCGCUGCUGAAAGCAGAACCGACAGAGACAGAGAUCUCAGAGGUUUGAUGGCACAGAGGAAAACCAUCUGUCUCUGUAAAGACCUUUGACUUUUCAGCAGUCAAUCAUGUGUGGACGAUAAGUUGGUUGGCAAAGUUCACACUACAGGACUUCCAAAGUCGUCAGAUGACUGCACUGCUCACACAACACAACUUGCUCUCUUGUAAGUCGUCGUGAUUUUCACACUAUGUAACUGAAACAGGAAAUCACACAGUUACCAGGAGGAAUCCCCGAUGAUGUCAUGUGAUGCACAGGUUGGGCAGGUGCUUACAAAUAUCACAGGCUGUUAAUAACUUAAGCUGCAUUUUCGCCAAAAACAUUCAGAAUAGUACCGUUACAGUCGUAAGUAACCCGCACAGACAUGAACCUAGACUGUGAAUCUGUUUAGUGUAAAUGUAGGCGGGGUUGUGUUACUCAGCUUUCUGUGAUGCAGAAGAACGUCUGCACCUUGUUUAUCGUCCACAGAACAGGGUUACGUGUUGACAUUUUCGAAACACAGAACAACAGGCUGCAGUGAGAGUCUCUCAAAAAAAGCAGCUUCAUGCACCGAGUCCUUGUCAAGCAAGAGCAGGAGCGUAGUAGCUCCGCAGCACACUGGGACGACGCUCUGCUAUGUUUUUUUUCUCCAAGUCUGAAAACAGAAUAUUUGCAGUUCACAUGAUCCUGUAGCAAUUCAUAUACAUUUUUAAAGGCCUGAAGAUCCAGUCAUUACUAAAGCGAAUCUGAUCCAAGAGAGAAUAAAAACAAAUGUAAUGAUCAAAGUUGUCAUAUUGACAUUUAAUGUGUGCUGAUAGAUUCACGUCAUCAACUCUUGCAUUGAGUAAAGGCCAAAACACACCAGCAGCGAAUGCAGGGUGUCAUAAAAUACUCCUCCUUGACUCCUCCUGUGCUGCCCCGCUGCAUUUCACGCCACUGUCCUAUUUCCAGCCUCGCCACACCUGGUAUUAAACUCAUUUCCCCCACUCGCUCUCUGCUUGUACAGACCAGCUCCUACAGCAGCUCGACUCCUCUCCUCACCAUGGAUGCAUAAAGAGAACUCUGUAGCUGUUGCUGUGUCUCGUGUGAUGAAGAAUGGAUGAGGAGAGACUUGUGGUUGAGGUUAAGAAAUAUCUCGAGCUAAAUGACCCACAGUCCUGUCGUUAUAAAGACAAUGGCCAAAAAGAUACUUCCUGUUGAGUCACAGCUCUGGAGAUCAGCUCUUCAGGUGAGAAGUCAAGUUUAAUUAGCUGCUGCCCCACUUGAUUUUAAGCUAACACAGAGGUAGAAGAGAUACAGAUUUUUCAGUUACACCAGUUGACGCGUUCAGUGUGUGCUGGAUACGGCACUUGACGCGUGUCACAUGAUACACUGCGGCGGCGCCGGUGUGUUUUCAGCUUAACAUACAAGAAAACAUUCCACCUUAAAAGUUGCCAAAGCUGCCAACAGUAGCCUUUGAGCAGCACAGUGAAUCCUCAACGAGUAAAGAUGAAGAAGCAGCAAAACAUAAUUUUAUUUUAUAGUUAUAGUUUAGUAAUGUGUGUAAAUUUGCCACCGUAGGAAUAAUGAUUACCAAACCUGUCACAACUGACCUCUGAGCAGAGUGACGGCUCUCUGUUGACCAAUCAACGGACUGCAGUGGUGUUGGCUCCACCUUUUAGUAUCGACAGUUCUGUUUGUACCAUCUGUAACCGUUCAUAAUGGAAAUGCAAAAAUAACCAGCUAAUGUGUGGAUGUGUACUGGACUGUACUGCUCGGUGGAAACGAGGUGUUACAGAAACAUCAGUCUCCUCUGUCACUUUCUCUUUCUCCCUCUCAAACACACAUUCACACAGCUGAGAGCACCACUGUCCUCUGUCCUCUGUCCUCAAACCCUGUCCUGGCUCUCAUUGGCUGUAGCUCGCCAGCAGGUCCCUGACAGGUCCAGAUAUUUAACCUGCUAGAUAUCCGGGGAGCGUCUGCGGUGCAUUGGUGACCUUCUCAGCUCAUGUCUUUGAACAGUUCACACAAUUUGCCUCUGAUCCGGAGCUCCAAAAACUGUCGGCAAGUGGAAAAGUGGGGCUGACGUGGUGUGAACGAGGCCUAACCCAGGGGUCGGCAACCUUCACUAUCUGAAGAGCUAUUAUUGGCCAACAAAGAAAAAAAAUCUGUCCGAAGCUGCAGAACAUAUUUGAGCCUCAUGAUAAAGUUAACACAGACGUUUGUUAACCAACAGAUGCAAAUGAACAAUCAUUCAUAUGUUUUAGCACAACGUGGCUGUUAAUACUUUAACUUUGCAGUCCUGCCAAUGAAAGCAAACAAAUUUGUCAAAGCACGAUUAAAUUCUAUGAGACUUUUCCCUUUUUGAAUUCACAGCUAUGAAGACUCAAGACUACUGCAGCCAUCACCAGUGAUGCUUUUACAGGAAAAGGCGCCAGGCCAGACGUAUGACGGAUAUUUUAGUUGACAGAAUGUUAAAGCAUUUUUUAAAAUCAGUGUAUAGGCUACACAUUCUUACAGUUGAAGUAUGUAAGAAUCGCUUCAAGCUGUUGUUUAAAAGCGAACGGUUAUUUAUUUCCAUAUAAUUUACCGUCAAAGCCACAGGGGGCCCCUGGAGAGGGGCUGAAGAGCCGCAUGUGGCUCUGGGGCUGCAGGUUGCCGACCCCUGUCCUAUGGAUGCGUGUCUGCUGCUGUGUUUUUUUUUUUUGUUAUUUAUUUUUUUACAGCAGUAACAGUACCUUGAUGUGCUGCAUUGUCGCUGUCAUAGAUGUUUGAGGUGACGCUGCACAAAGACGAUGAUUCAGUGAUGUGACAUUAGCAAAGGUAUUCUCUAUUUAGGAAGAUUUGAUAUGCAGCAGAGUUUUCUAUGAGCAGAGCACACAUUUAAAAUGUCAAUAUCACACUUGAUCAUUUUUAUUUCACUGUCGAGCCCAAAUCAUGAUCAUGACUGAUAUUUGAUUUCUUGUGCGGCCCUGUGACUAGUUAGUGAAAUCAAAGUCCUGUGUUACAAACAGAGUGGGUAUGUUUAUCUUGUGGCCGUCCACAGUGAUACAAAUUGAUUUGAAGAAACGUGUCAAUCGUAACUUUAUUUCCUGAAUAACAAUAAGUAACUGCAGGUAGAGUUCAUGUCCGUUUCUAUCAAAUCAUUUGAGCUUUCCUCAGUAAUGUUCCUUCUGAACAUCUCACUUUCAGAAUGAUAGAAAACGAGACAAUGGACCAAACUGCUGAACUGUUCAUUUAGAUUCAGCUCCGACUAAUUUCCUGUUUAUUCAGUUUUUCUCAUUUCUCAUUAAAAAAAACCUCAAGUUUUGUUUUGGUGCUAAAAUAAAAAUGCUGUGAAUGAAGUUCAGUCUUUUAGUCAGUGAGAGUUCACUUCUUCACUGACAUCACUGGUUGUGCCACGGCUCAGCAGCCUGCAGCCACAUGUGGCUCUUUAUCCCUUCUACACUGGCUCCUGUGGGUUUGUCAAAAAGGAAAUAAGUUAUUUUUUAACAUUUUUAUUUUCAUGCAUCAUUGUUCUAGGCCUGAAGUGAUUUCACACUCUCCGAUUGUAAAAAAUGUGCAGCCUAUACACCGAUGGCUAACGAUGGAUUCCAAAUCCAAAAAAGUAAAACACAGAUUUGUUUGUUUUCAGAGUUAAAGUAGCACAUCAUCAUGAACAGCUCACUGCAGAGGAGCGACCUCAUGGUAAAACAUAUGAAUGAAUGCUCGUUUAGGGCCAGUAGUGAUGUUGGUAGGCUCGUUUAGAUUCCUUCGUUAGGAGGCUCAAAACAGUUUUGUGGCUCCAGACUUUGUGGCUCUUCUAAUAGUAAAGGUUGCCGACCCCUGAGUGAACACACAGACAGUUUGUGCUGAGCGACGAGGCCGUUCUGCUGCUACAGAGUGUCAGUGUGUCAUUCCGGUCCUGCAGGUGGAACCAAAGGCAAUGAACGCAUCACUUAUUUAUUUAUAGUAGAAAAUCACUGAGACUCUGCUGUCGUCAUGUUUCUCACGAUCACUGACUGUUCAAUAAAGUGACUGAGACACUAAA